ACGGAGACGAGACGUGACAGACGUGACGGUGACGUUACGUUACGUUGAGAACGCGUCGCGGCGAUCCGCCACCGUUGCCGCUCGUUCGCGCGUCGUCGUCGUCGUCGUUCGUCCGAGUCGUGACUCGCACAGCCCGCGGCUUCGACUCUCGAGAGGAGCGUUUGCUAGUUCGCAACUCGCCCCGCCUCCCCGUACGCUCCCGCCUCCCCCAACGCGUCGGGGACAAUACACACGGAACGGGGUUGCCGCCGCCAGGGUUGUCACCGUGGACGGAGAAUUGACGUGCUGAACCACCUGCCAGAAAACAUGGAAAUAUCCAAGAGCCUGCAAGAGGAGAUCCUCGUCGUGCAACAGAAAUUGCAGAAAGCAAUACUCGAGCAUCAGAUAUGCGUGGAAAAGUUGAAGGAUGACCCAAAUAACUCAGAUAUUUUGGAAGAGAUAGAAAGGAUUCAGGUGACCAUCGUCUCUCUGGGAAGAUGCCAGAAGCAGACCGUGCAGCGGCUGCGCAAAGAGGUGGAUGCGUUCAAGGCAGACAACGCGAACGAAUCGAAAGUUUCUAUACCAUUUCUCCUCGGACUGAACAACAACAAUCACAUUACGAACAAUAAUGAAACGAAGCAUGAAGCGACCACCAAUGGUUUUGGAACGAAAUCGAAGGACAACUAUGAAGAAAUUGUCAGAAAUGGCAAUGUUCAUCAUUCGCACUCACGAGAUAACGAUUGUGCGAAAUUACGUUCCAGCUCGGUGGAAACUGUUUCCGGCGAGGACGACAUCGUUGAGGUGCCAUUGAAUGAAAAUUCUGACAAUAAACAGGAGAAUGUGCAAAAGGAGGAGAUACAAAAGAAGGAAGUGCAAAAGAAGGAGAAGUGCCACUACCUGAAUUGCCUUGGACUUAUUACCAAAUCCAAAUUUAUUGAACUACAAAAUAGAAGAGUGGAAAGAAAACGUCGUAGCACGGCGAAUCCGCAUUUUGUGUACUCUAUGUUCGAACAACCAUCCAAACGGAGGAGGUAUUCCUAUUUAGCUGGAAAUCCACCUCAUACUCGGCAGACGACUGCACGUAUGAACGGCCCAUCAUCACCACCUAACAAAACUCAGCCAAUCAAAUCUACCUCACCACCGACGCAAGCGGUAACAAAGCCGUUAGUCCCGAUUCAAAAGUCUACUACCAGGCCAAAUAUCCUCAGAAACGCGGAGAGCAAAGUUUUCGUGAAUAAAAGCAAAAUAGAAGACAACCAAAUGCGAUUAUCUGUAUCUAGUGCCAAAUCUGUUCAGUCGGUAGGUAGCAAGACUGUUCACAUACCCGGAUUACCGUCUAGCUUGACCAUUGAAAGGAUUGGGAGUGACUCUAUAGUGUGUAUCUGUUGUGAAAAUCCAGGUUCAUUAACGACAUGCAAGAAUUGCUCAAGUAAUUAUCAUGUUUCGUGUCAUACCCGACCAGCGCCUCCAUCUAGAACCUGUCCGAAAUGUAUUUCAGCAAUAGAGGAGGAAGAAGACAUUGAAAAGGAUGAAGAAGAGGACACACAAAUGGAAGGCGAGAACAGAUUUCACUACAAAAAGGACGAAAAAUUCGCUACAACAGCAGAUGCAUCACGACUUAUUGGGCAAGCAAGAGAAGACUCAGAAAUCUAUAAAGCGUCUGGUGGACUUUAUAAAGUUGAUGCAACUCAGAACAAACACGUCCUCCCCACCGUCUUCAACGUCAGCCAGCUGCCUGCCUCAACCUUCCUCAUCCCAAUCACCACAAAUAAUAUCUCCGCCACAAACGUCAACAACCAAUCAGAAGACAGCAAGUUCUUUGAUACUGAAUACCGAAUACAAGACACCGCACAUCGUAACCAUCACAUCAUCAGUCAUCACUCACGACCAAGCAUCGCCUACGUCCAAGAAGACCAGGUGUCUCACUCCUACCAAUUGCCCAAUACCAUCCAGCCAGAAAAGCAUCAAUACCUCAUCGUCAAGAAAAUCGCCGAGUCAACUGGAAGGUCCAAUCAGUCUCCUGGCGGUAAAACCGAAGACCAAAAUCACUCCGCAGUUUUCAACUACCAAUUGCCGACCAGUUGCAGCACUACCAUUCAGAGCGCUGUGCUCCAACCCGUCGUCACCCAUUCCCUGUUCUACGAUCGUGACAACAAUAAAAAACAAACCAAUCGUUCAGUCCCACUCCAUGUCACCGUAUCAAAAUUGUCAAAUUCUCUUCACUCCAUCUCAAACGACCAUCAGCUGGACCGAGCAACCCUUAAUGGCAGGAAGCCCUGGGCCAAACUCACACAUGGCAAACUCUGUGUUAAUCAAUCAGCCAGAUCAGCCACAGAAGUCCUAUUGUCUUCUUACGGCGACACCGAGAAUAGUGUCACCGAGCAGCAACGGCCAAGAUCAACUGGAUCAGCGGAGAAAACAACAGCAACGACGAAUCUCGGUCGUGAGAAGUACCGAUCAAGAAAUUUCAUCCACUCACUGUUCCCAGGCCAUAAUAAGUCCCAUACCAUCACCAAUCGUGCACAUGAGUCACGAAGCCCAAACGACCGAGACUGUCCGCUCCUGCGACAGCAGCUCUGCCGCGAAGGUCAUGAACUGGAGCUGCACGAGCAACCAGACAGCAAGCCAGGAACAGUCCAGCUCCAGCGGCGUGCUCUCACACGGUUCUUCGAACACGUGAAAUUGGAAGAAGCGCAUAUAUCAGCGCCAUUUAGAACAAAGCUAGCACACAAGGAUGAAGUCGGUAAUAAUGACGACGACGACGAUGACGACGAUGACGAUAACGACGACGACGACGACGACGAGAUUGCCCGAGAGGACAGUCCAUGCGACGAACAGUAUGAUAACAAUGGUGCCGUUGUUGGAGCUUCAUUGUUGACGUCAUGCGAAGUCUUAGACGAGGAUCGUUUGAUUAUUCCCGUUCCUUGGCUAGCCGCUGACUCAGAAAACGCCUGUGACGAUAUCAUCGCGCACAAGGUACCCGUCCGUCGUCUUUCGGACGCAGCCUUGACGCAAUCUAAUGAUUAUGCCGGCUACGAGCUCGUUCGCAUUAAUAACCCACGAUCAUCGGUAACUGUACGACAUUCGUCGGAACGCGAAGAUGAUCGACCAACAAUAGCGAAACUGCGCAUUGCACAAAGUAAUCUUUCGGAGCUUUGUAAUGAGGUCUCAGUUCCUGACGAUAAGGCUGACACCGAGAGACAAGACUUAUCCAGUGGUAGGCAGUUGAGAAGUAGAAGUAAUAGCAACAGCAGCAGCAGCAGUAGUAGGAGGAGCAGCAGCAGCAGCAGCCAUAGUAGCAGCAGCAACAGCAGCAGUGGCCACAGCGACACCCCAGAGCAAGCAAUGAACGUGAAUGAUCUCUCAGACGAUUUUAACAUUCUAGUUAAGAUGGGCUUUGUUUCUGCGGGGGAAAAGGACGAGGAGCAAGUCGACGAUGAGUCGGCAACGGAGAGUGAGAAUGACACCGCCACUGGUUAGACAUAGUUAGGAUAAUUAUAUUGACGUUAAGGCUUCUGGUUCUAUGUUGAAUUCUGAGCACGAUUCAACAGCGAGAAACUAUUUGAAAUUUUUUCUCGCACUAUAAGAAGUAAGAAUUAAUUCCUUCGUCGAUCGCCACUC